ACUCCCUAAUUAAAAGCAGCACAACAGCAAAACCUUUUUGUGCGAACUUUGGCAACUCAAACCAGUAAUUUCUUGAAAUCAUAGAGAGAUUUCUCCUUCUCUAUCCAUUGAUGAUGAAGCAUUUGCAGAAGCUGACAGCUCCAUUAAUUCUCAAAUGGGGUUAUGUUUUUAACAAUUCUAAACCCAUUUUUGGGUCCUUCCAAAAGGUUAGGUUUUAUGCAACUGCUAAAAAACCUAAAUUGAAACAAGAAGAAGAAGAAGAAGAAUGUCAUAUACCUCGUGCAGUGAAGAAAGAAGCACAAGCUGUUUUGCUAGACUACUUGCAUUCCACUAGAAGUUUGCAGUUUAUGGAUGCUGAACAUAUGAGUAAAAACUCACCUUUUUUUCUUUCCAACUUAUUACAAAGAAUUGAUAAUGAAAAUGAUAUUAGACGUUCUUUAACUCGAUUCUUGCGAUAUCAUCCAAUCAAUGAAUUUGAACCAUUCUUUGAGAGCAUUGGUCUGAAACCUUGUCAGUACUUGCCAUUUCUUCCUAGAGAUCUCAUGUUUUUGAAUGAUGAUCAUAGGUUGCUUGAUAACUAUCACAUCUUGUGUAAUUAUGGUAUUUCAAGAAAUAAGAUAGGAAGGAUUUUUGCUGAAGCUCCAGAAGUUUUUAGAUAUGAUUCUGGAGUUUUGGACUUGAAGCUUGCUUCUUUUCACGGGGUUGGGAUAGAUCAGUCUAUUGUUGUUAAGCUUGUUAGUGCAAGUCCUCAUCUUUUGAUUGGGAAUAUACACAAGGAAUUUUUUCAAGUUGUUGAGGAAUUAAAGAAAACAGGAGUUGAAUAUAGUUGGAUUGAGGAGCAAUUGAAUGGAAAUUAUAUUGAUUGGAGCCACUUAUUCGAGCUCAUAUGCUUCUUGAACGGGUUGGGCUUGACUGAUCAACAAUUAGGAAAAUUAAUUUGUCAAGUUCCUGGUCUUCUGUUUGAUUGUUCCGGUCGUACUACAUUUUCGCUAAUUGGAUUCUGGUUGAAAUUUGGUAUUCAGAUACCCAAAUUACUUGAUGUAUUUCUACACUUGCCACAAAUUCCAAUAACCACAUUUGUUUUCAAUAUGAGGCAAUGCUACCAGUUCUUGAUUGAAAUUGAGAUGCCUGUCUUAGAGAUUGGAAAUAUUAUUCAUUCAUACCCUACAUUGCUAGGCUCGUGUGUUUUGAAGAAAGCUACAAGCUUGUUAACUACCCUGAAUACAGGGAAGAAGCGGCUUUGUAGUGUGAUCAAGGAGAAUCCAGAAUUUUUGAGGAAUUUGGUUCGUGGAGCCAAAGUUGAACGGUUACCAGUAGCUGAGGAGGAGCUAAGAUCCAAAAUGAUGAAAACUAAGUUCCUUUUGGAU